AUGCCUAAAGUUCAUUGUAUAGCUGAGGGGUGCUCCUCUGAUAGCAGGGCGGCUAAAUCUAAACAUUUAUCAUUUCAUCCCAUCCCAAAAGUCGCGAGUUUUAGAAAGAAAUGGCUUGAUUUAAUCAGAAGGGACGGCCUAGAAGAAAAGAUAAACAAAAGUGUUAAACAAAACCCUAUUUGCGACUUGAGGCACUUAGUUGUUUGUUCAGAUCAUUUUGUGGAUGGUAAACCGACUCCUGAAAACCCGUACCCAACACUUUUCAGAUAUAACAACUAUAAGCGUUCAAAAACUACACGCAAAACAAAUAACUCUGCAUGCAUCCCCACCAAAAUCACUAGGUAUAGUCCUAACAUAGCUGCAGAUAGUCCUAACAUUAAUCAGGUUUUACACGCAGGAGAACCUCUGGCUGACAUCACACCAGCUGUAAAUAUCAAACUUGUAAAGCAGGAUGCCUUUGUAAAAUCCAAUGUCUGUUACCCAUAUGUAGCAGGAGAGGUGGAAUUACAGUCUGAGAGUUUGAGCCCAGUGCCCAUGAUAUCAAAAUGUACUAGACUGACCAAAGAAAACAAAAAUCUGAAAGAGGAAAAUCUGUCACUAAAGAAGCAACUUGAGCACAAUGCAGAGAAUCUAAGAAACAUGUUAACUUCCAAAAUAUCUGAAUCAGACAAAACAGUUAAACAUUUUCUUGGACUUCCAUCAUUGGCAUUCCUACUAGGAUUUAUUAACACUGUGUCUUUGCUCUUCAAAAAUGUCAACUCCUGGAAAGGUUCAAGAAAAGGUGGUGAAAAGGUGUGGCAAACCGAGAAACGCCGAAAACCAGGAAAGAAAAGAAAACUCAGUCUAAAGGAGGAGUUUAUAAUUAUUAUGCUGAAACUUAGACUCGGAUUAGACAACAUAACUCUAUCAACUCUGUUUGGUGUCUCACUCAGUCAAAUAUCAAAUAUGUUCACUACUUGGAUAAAUUUUUUAUAUCAAUAUCUUGAGCCAGUUCUUAAAUGGCCAUCAAAGGAAAAGAUAAGAAAACAUUUGCCAUUAAGUUUUAAACUAAAAUAUCCUGGAACAACAUCAAUUAUUGACUGUACUGAAAUUUUCAUACAAAAACCGAGAAAUCCUAGUGCUCAAGCUGCAACUUGGAGCAACUACAAGAGUCAUAACACUUUGAAAGCCUUAGUUGCCAUACAACCUAAUGGUGCAUUUACUUUUGUCUCGAAUCUUUGGUCGGGUAAUAUAUCUGAUCGUAAAAUUACAGAACUUAGUGGAUACUUGGACAAAUUACAAUAUGGCGAUGAAAUCAUGGCAGAUCGUGGUUUUCAAAUUCGAGACCUAGCGAUUCAAAAGGGAGCGAAGUUGAACAUGCCUCCAUUUACAAGAGUUUCUAACAGAAGCAUAAAAGGAAGAGUUCUGACAUCCAAAGAAAUUCAGGAAACACGAAAAAUUGCAUCAGUUAGAAUUCACGUUGAGAGGGCGAUUCGAAGAUUAAAAUCCUUUAAACUACUAGGACAAAUUCUUCCACUUAAACUUAAAAACAUUUCAUCUCAGAUGCUCAGAGUAGCUGCUGCUUUUUGUAACUUUUUACCCCCUCUCGUGAGAAAGUACAAAGCUUGA